GCUGGACUUCGUGGUGUUUGUAGUUCUAUUAAUCGGUAAGGCUGGCUCUUUCCACCAAACUGGAGAAGAUGGCGGUGGAAUCGCGGGUGACGCAGGAGGAGAUAAAAAAGGAACCGGAGAAACCAAUCGAUAGAGAGAAGACCUGCCCUCUUCUCUUGAGGGUUUUCACAACAAACAACGGGAGACACCAUCGCAUGGAUGAAUUUUCGAGGGGAAACGUGCCAUCCAGUGAGCUACAGAUCUAUACCUGGAUGGAUGCCACGCUGAAGGAAUUAACAAGCUUAGUUAAAGAAGUUUACCCAGAUGCUCGGAAAAAAGGAACUCAUUUCAACUUUGCUAUUGUCUAUCCGGAUCCAAAGCGAUCAGGCUACAGGGUGAAGGAGAUUGGGAGUACAAUUUCAGGCAGAAAGGGUUCAGAUGACUCCAUGACACUUCAAUCACAAAGAUUUCAGAUUGGAGACUAUCUGGACAUAGCAAUUACACCUCCAAACAGAGCUCCACCUCCUUCAGGGCGCAUGAGGCCCUAUUAACACAUUUUUUUUUUUUUUUUUAAAGUGGACAUUUUGCUUUUGUGAUAUCGGUUUUAAGGUCCUGAAAAAAGCAAUGAUCUUCAGUUUCAAUUUAUUUGGUUUUGUGCAUUUUAAAAUCUUAUAAAGUCUUUGUUUUUUUUUUUCUUAAA